UGUGUGACCCACAGUGACUGUCAGAAGCCAAACUUUCACUCAAACAAACACAUCAGGGAUUUUUCAUUUAUCGCAGCAAACCAUGGGUCAAGAGGAGAGCCACACCGAGGAGAUAGAUCUGGCACGGAUUCAGGAGCUGUGCAUCAUUUUCAUGAAGGAGUGUCCGAGCGGUGCGUUGCACUUACACGAGUUCAAGAGGAUCUUCGGCAUCCAGAGCAGCUCUGCAGAAGAGUCCCUCUACAUCGAGACAGUAUUCCGCUCCUUCGACACAAACAGGGAUAACAGACUGGACUUCAUCGAGUAUGUAGCAGCAAUUAACUUGAUCUUACGGGGGAAUCUUCAAGAUAGGCUCAAGUGGUCCUUCAAGAUGUACGACAAGGACGGGAAUGGCAAGUUGGACAGACAGGAGGUGAAACGGAUCAUAAGGAUUAUUUACAAAAUCAAGCUCCCGACGAGUGACGUCAGCAUGACACCGUCCGAAAUCUGUGACAGAAUCUUUGAGCUGGUUGACCAGAAUCAUGACGGUCAGAUAACCUUGUCUGAGUUCAUGGAGGGAGCUCAGAAGGAUGAAUGGGUCAUGAAUCUGCUGAAGUUGGACGUUAAUGCUGCCGGCUGGGUGAUGCAGAACAGUGGGAGGUUGCCGUGAUCUCUCGUCGAGCAGGUUCACAGGUUUUUGUUUGAGGCUGACACAGAGGUGCUGUGUUCGUACCUCGGGGGCUUUUUGCCUGCGUCUCUCUCCUGCGACGAGGAGCUGGAGCUCCGUGCACUUUUUCAUGGCUGCAGUUCUGCUGUGAUUCUGCCUGCAGGUCCAGAGGUUCUGACUGUAUGCCUGUGGGCUGUUAUAGCAUCAAACUGAUAAUCCAGUACUAACAUGCUGCCAGUUAUUGUGUAAUUACAUCCAUUGUUAUUGUAUGUGUUUGUAGUUUAGGACUCAUGAUCAUAGUGGAUGGAGUGUAAAAGAACAAAAACAAAAAACAGAAAGAAUGAAAGAAAGUAUUGAUGGGGAGUCAUUUUAGUAGUAUUUUCUAUAAUUAAAACAAUAUCAGUUGAUUUUCUUUUUGGCCACUAGGGGGCAGCGGAACAAGCUAAAAACACAAGCUGACAUAUAAUUCACUUGUUAGUUUAUUUAAAGUUUCCCUGUGGAGUUUUAGACGGGUAUAGAGCUGUUACUACACCGACCUACAGGUGGCUGUAACACAUAUAUAAUAAACCAAUGUGCCAGGGACGAAGAAGACUGUAUAACCUUUUACACCUUUAACCUUUAACAGGGAUAGCAUUGACCCUUCCCUAGUCCCGCCCAUUUCUAUAUAUAUAUAUAUAUAUUUCUAUAUAUGUCACUUUUAUUUUUUAAUCUUCUAACCCAAAUUUGGUUGUCUUUUUAACAUAGAUUAGCCUAGCAUAUAGCAUAUUAAAGUACAGGAAAGGAGGAGGUUCUGACCGAGGCUAGCUCAACUGUUAUUGGAGCACAGAGCAGAAAGGGGCGGGACUUAGAAAGGGUGCAACCAGAACAAUAAGAAAGAAUCAAUAAGGGCAAAUUGUCUCUAUUAUAAAAACAUACUUUGCAAUAAACUUGAUUCUGAUUCUGAAAUCCGAAGUAUAGAGAAUGCAGAGAAUAUAAAAGUAGAAAAGUAGAGCUUUUACUAAAAAAAAAAGGAUGUUAGUUAGUUGUUAGUACUGAGUUUUACUACAUAUUAUUUAUUUUUUUGUACGAGUGAAGAAAAUGUUUCAGGUGAAGGUGAAAAGCUGUGCUGUAUCUGUUUCAGAUGGGCAUUUAUUUUGUUAAUAAAAACAUUUUUAUACACA